GUGGAUCAGAUAACAGAUGGACAGGACAAAGUGGAUCAGAUAACAGACAGACAGGACAAAGUGGAUCAGAUAACAGACAGUCCAGACAAAGUGGAUCUAGCCAAUCUGACAACACAGUACCAGGAUACAAGGAACGAUGGAAUGAUGAGUCAGGACAAAAUGUCAGUCCAUCACAGGUGUCAACAAGUGAACCAAUGGAUCAGAACAUUGACAGAGUUCAAGUUCAGACUAAGGUUUAUAGCAAUCCCAUUGGAGAUUCACAUGGAGGACGGAGUGUUGGAGCACAGAAUAUGGCAACAACAUCCCGCAGUACAGAGGGCCAAACAGGUCCAAAUGUCUCGACCAGAAAUGAUGGAAAUCAAAUAGAGGCAAACUCCACUGUUACAUUAAAGCUUGGUAGAUUUCAAACUAGAAUUUUGACAUCCAUACCAAAAAUAGUCGAGGAUUUAAGACAAAAAUUUAAAAAUUUGAAAUUAGAACAUGGCAGUCAUGGUCUUCACAUUGUUGGAGAUAAGACGACUGUUGUUAGAGUUAGCGCAGAUAUCCAGAGUCAGCUGAAGGAAAUAGAGAAAGAGAAAGUUAACUUGUCCAGCAGAUAUAUGCGACCUGAGCAGUUGAGCAUGUUAGGAGUCGGAACUGUACUGGACCAUAUACAGGAAUGUAUCAGACGUCAGCAUCUGGCAUGUUACCUAGGACAGGAUAAAGAUACUACAAUGGUGUAUGCUACUGUAGCCGACAUGGACAAGGUUCUCCAAGUGAUUCAGUCUGCCAUUUUCUACAGAGAAUUUGAGAAAGACGUCCCUUCAUGGAGGUUAUUCUUGGACUCACCAGAUGUACAGGAGGAGGUACGAUACUUGCAGGAGAAAUACAAUGGCAGGGUUGUCAUAACACAGGGAAGUUCAAUGAAGCUGGUAUGUACUUCUGAUCUUACAGAUGUAGUAUUAGAAAUUUUAAACAAAAUGAAAGAAGAUUUCUCACAAGUACGAACAAAAACAUUUCCGUACACACCAGUUGGAUACCUGACAGUAAAACUCUGUGCUAAAGUACUGCAAGAUCAUCUUGAUAGCAUAGAAAAGAAAUAUGGUGUUGAAAUUCAUCCCGUCCAGAAGAAAGAAAAACAGGGAUGGAAAGUAAAAGGUCCAAAUGGAACACUGAAGAAAGCUUGUGAUGAUGUGAAGAAACACACCGCAACAGUGACAGCAAAAAACCUUUGGCUUAAAGACAAGGUCAGCAAAGACUUCUUUGAAUCAAAACAGGGACAGGACUAGAUGGUGGGAGUUGGUGAGGAUACAGGAUGUCACGUGACCAUGGUGAAACAGGAAGUUGAUGUGACUGAAGGGAAAACAUCGAGGUCUGACAGACAAGGAUCAGCCACACAGCAAUCCUCUAAUCUGGCUGGACGUCGGUGGAGAACAGGAGAUGGACCAUAUGUAGCACUGUACUGUGGAGAUGGCAGCAAGUCUACAUCUGAUGUCUUGGUGAAGCUGGAAAGAGGAGACCCUAGUACAGCCAAUUUUCAUACUCUGGAUGAAAGGAAGAGUGGUGUUACUCUGAAUCUUCCUGACUGGAAAGAUGGAAACAACCUGGAAAAGAAUACAAUUCGUACACACUUUAAGAAAAUCAUGACCGCAGCUGCCGAGAGGAAGGCAACAUCUUUGACUAUUCUUUUGGAUGGCUGUAGAUCUAGUGGAUGGGGCGAAAAGAAAGCAUAUAAAUCACUAGUCAAAAACACUCUGUAUGUAUUAAAGAAGGAUAAUGCAGAGGCCUGUUCCUGUUCCUACUUCCUUGGUGACCAAGAUAUGUUCAAGUCCUUACGUGAUGUGAUUGAUGACAGCUUUAGAAAUGACACAUCCCUGACUAUAACAGAUACAACGGAGGAAAUUGGAGAGGAUUGGGAUGUUAUUGGUGAAAAUGAUAUCAGAGGAAAGAAACCUGUGAUUGUUCAAGGAGAACUAGCCAAAAUGACGAGUGAAGUCAUUGUAAACACAACAAGUACACAACUGAAGCUGGAUCAAGGUGCUGUAUCUAUGUCUAUACUGAUGGCAGCGGGCCCAGAAAUACAGCGAGAGUGUUACCAGUAUCAUCAUGGUGUAAAGUGGGGAGAGGUGGCUGUCACACAUGGAUACAAGUUGAAAUGUGAAAGUGUCUUUCACGGAGCGCUUCCACAAUAUUCCAAGGAUCAACAAUUGAAGUGUAUGAUACUGUUUAUGUGGAACUGUCUGAAGAAAGCUGAAGAGAGGAAAUAUAAAACAAUAUCAUUCCCUGCGCUGGGUACUGGUAUCCUUGGUUACCCCAGGGAUAAGGUGGCCCACACGAUGUUUGACACAGUGAACAACUACUUCCAGGAAAGGCCUGAUUCCUACAUUGAGUGUGUUAACUUUGUGGUUUAUCCCAGAGAUAAAGGUACAAUCAAGGCAUUUGAAGAUGAAGACAAAAAGCAAAAGGAAAGAAGCAGUAAAGGCAAAGUUUCUGUGCCAACACACCCUGUGUCAGAGAAGACUGGAGUACAGCUAAGGUAUGGAAAUGUCGACCUCUGGGUGACCCUAGGACAGAUCGAAAAGACAACAGCUGAGGGCCUCAUCAUCUUCUGGGAUUCAAAAACACUUUACGAAACUCCCUUACAAUGUUCCUACUUCAAUGAAACUGUAAAUCCAAGAGGAGUCAAGGAUCUGCAAGACAAACGAACAUCAAUGGUCAACAAAGGUGAGCUGGUAGUGACCGUCGCUGGUACUCUCAGUUAUAAAUCAGUCAUCCAUUGUCUGUUAAAGGAGGAUAAUCAUUUCCAGUUGGAAACUGUGAUGUCAGUCUUGACUGAAGCUGACAACUGCAAGCUAUCUUCUGUAGCCUUAUCUCUUAGCAAGACAGGACUAUGGACAAGAUCAAAACAAAUAAUUGUGAACCAAUUCCAUGAUGCAUUGAAGCAAUUUGAAGGACGAAACAAGACCUUGAGAUAUGUAGAAAUAAUAUCGGAUUCACCCGAAAUAUACAACUCCAUAGAAUCACUUAUCAGGUCUUCAUAUGGUAGCAGACUUGUGGAAAGUGAGGAUAUCCCCGGAGCUACAGGAGGUGUCCGGAGCAGACGUGAGGCUUUGGAGGAAACUUCUCACCAUAAAUUUGCUGAAAACUCCACUCAGAUGUCAGAUGAUGUCAAUUUAGUAGUUUCUAGCAAAUCAGAAGGCAGCAUUGAGAAGGCCAUUCAACAACUCAAAGACAAAAUCAAUGAUUUACAGGUUUUAAAGAAACAACAGUUGGAUCAAUCGACAAUCUCUACAGCUGCUUCUGACCCAACACCGCCUCCACGCAGGAAGAAGACUCAUACAGAGACAAAGCCAUUAACCCCAGAGGAAAGAGAUCCUCAGAGUGAUUCUGGCACCAUACUUACAAGGUCAGAAUAUGAAGAAAGGCGCUUGCUACUUACCUCCAACAGUUCUUCACCAUUAGAUAAAGGAACGAUAGAAAACUGGAUGGAGACAGUUCCUGUUUCAAAGUCUCAAGUUGUUUGUCCAUUCCAGGAUGAUAAUGAAGCACUGAUCAUACUCCAGUCUGUCAAUGAUGCUGAAAAGCUGCUGAAACGGCUGCAAGGAAGUGUUCAAUACACUGUGAAAAAAUUCCCCAGCCAGACUGUUCAAAACUUGAAAGCAGCAUUGAAAAAAUCUAUUGUGGAGACAAUCCAGAAGCACCUGAAGCCUGAUGAAAUAACGUCUGAAAUCUGUAAUGCAUCUGGAGCUGCCUUGAAUAAAGACGAAAAUGGGACAUGGAUUUUAAGUGGUAGCUUACCUGAGAUUCAGUGUGCCUACAGAUACAUUGUCAGCAUCGUGGCUGGUGGAAAUGGCCAAUAUGGGAACCAAAACAGUAGCCAUGGAGAUAGGAGUGGUGCUGGCCAAGGUGACAGGAAGGAAGAUGAUAUACAUAGUAGUCGGGAGAAUGAACAAAACAGGCAACCUAAAGCAGAUGACCUUGAUGGAGGACCCCGAGGAGAUACCACCAGAGGAGGGCAUUUACCAAACAGUCACUAUGAUACUAACCCUAAAGGUAAAAGGGAUGAUCCUCUGUCUCAGAAUACUGUCAGUCAUAGUAAAGGCCAGGAGCAGGCCCUUUAUACAGAAAACCAGCAGACUAAUGAACCAAACAACAGAAAAAAGGUCCAAAAAGGUACUUCUGUGGGAAAGCCUGUUGAUGACCGUUACCAAAGUGUUGGUGAUCAGCAUGAAGAUAUCAGAUCUAGAGUACAUACAGGAAGUCCAAAAGACUACCUGAAAGGUUCUGAUCAGGAGGAGUUAAAGAAGAUAUGUACAAAGUACAAUGAGAAGGAAUGUAGGUAUAUCAGUGAAGAGGAGCAGAUUAGAGAUGGAGGAAAUGCUGACCUGAUAAACAGGGAUGGUAAUCACAGACAUGGGAAAGUAGAGAGACAAGAACAAAGUCUGAAGGAGCACGAGUUAGGAAGGGAGGAUAAUGUGAAACAAAAAGAAGUAGAUUAUGAUAACAUGUCUAUGUACAACACUCCUGACAAUAAUAGGGAAGGAAGAGGUACUGACAGACAAGGCAAACAUUCAGAUGGAGAUGAUAAAACAGAAACAUUGACUUGUUCAUCAGAACAGUUUCAGGAAAUAUGCUUUUUCAAUCCUGGAAUUGCUGAACAAACGGAAGUCACGUUCAAUAAUAGUCGUACAGAAUGCAAUAUAUCCUACAGGUUUGGACGUUUUAGAAAUGCUAAGGAUCAGCUAAGACAAUAUGCCAGAAGAGAAAUUAGAAACCUGACCUAUACUGAGGAGCAAACAUUCCAACAUUACUAUGAACGUGAGAAGUUAAACAUGGAUACUAAGAAAAUUUUCUGUAAAUACAAUCACAUGUGCAAACAAAUUCAACUCGUCGGGGAGAACGAAGAUGUCGUUGAAAAGACUGCAUAUAUGUUAUCAGAAGCUAUUGGACGACCAUGUACCCAACCAGACCAGCAAACCACAAAGCACUGCACAAGAAGAAAGAAAAGUAACUUGCCGCCAUCUGGAUCUGAGGUACUGCAUACAAAGGAUGGAUCAUUGGUAUUUGUGUAUCAAGGAGACCUGCUGAAUUUGGAGGUAGAUGCAAUUGUAUAUGGUACAAAUUGCCGCGUUGAUGAUCUUCGUGGUCUGUCAGCUGAAAUUGCUCAAGCUGCUGGUUCAGAUUUUUUGAACGCAUGUAGAAAUGUGUUUCAUAAAGGGAACCUAAAUGUUAGUGACUGUUGCUGUACUACCGCUGGAAACCUACAUUACGAUUACAUCAUCCAUGCUGUUAUUCCAAUGUGGAGUGCUUACAAGAAGACAGGAACUAACCAGGGAACAAGGAAGACACUCUAUCAGGAUGAUCUUUGUAGAACCAUCAUGAACGCUUUGAAGGAGGCAGUAAAUGUUGCAGCUAAAUCUCUUGCACUUCCAGCCAUUGGAUAUGGAGAAGGUAAAUCGGAUGAUGUGGCUGCUGCAUUCAGUGACGCUGUGAAGCUAUUUUCUGAAAAGUACAGGAAAUCUUCAUUGAAACAAAUCCACAUCGUUGACCAAAACUCUGAUAUUCUGAAAAAGAUCAAGGAUGAGCUUCUGCAGGCCAAGGAGUGGAAUCACACUACCCCACCAGUGACUACCAGAGGAAGAAGCUCACAACAUGUAUCUGGUGCUCCCUGUGUAUCAGGAUUGUAUACAAACCUAUCUAAUUACCCCCGGUGGAUGGCAAAAUCUGAAACUGGUAGAACAUGCAUGCUAUCUGAAAAGCUGAAUGUGUGUAUCGUGAAAGGAACAUAUGUUAACGCACAAGCAUCAGCUCUUGUAAGUAUAGAGGAUGAAAUGUUUCAAAGUAAGCGAUUUGUUGCUAGGGAAAUUGCAAAAGCAGCAGGUGAAGAGUACAAGAAGGAAAUAGACAAGUUGCGGAAGAAUAAAAAGAAAUAUCAGAUUUCAGAUGUUGUUUGUACUGGUGCAGGGGCAAUACAAAAUGUUAGGCAUGUAUUCCAUGUGAUAGGACCCGUUGCAGAUAAAGACAUAUCUGGAAAAGCUGAGUUAUUCGAGGGUUUUACUGACAACAUCAGAGCAUGCAUAUCCAGAGUGCUCCAAAAAGUGGAUGAAAAGAAACUGGAGUCUAUUGUUCUACCAUCUUUUGCAUCAGGUACACUUCAACAUGGUCAAACUGAAAAGGUGUGGGAGAUUUGUAUAGAAGAGGUGGAGAAGUUUGCAGCCAAGCAAAGCUCUAAAUCAACACUGAGGACAAUAUUUCUCGUGGGUGGACCUAAUGAAGUACAAUUUUUAUUGCAAAUCUUUGAUUCAAAGAUAACACACACGGAAACUGUGGUUUAAUAGCUACAAGUACUUCACACAGGAUUGAAGUUUUGAGCAAUCCUUAAACACUUCAAUAGAAAGGAAUUUUUAAGAUGAAAGAAUGAAAAUGUAGAAAAUAUAUUUUAUGGGAACCAAUAUAAAGACUUGAUGGUGGGUGUGAUUAUUUCUCCAAACAUUAGCUUGAAUUCCAAGUUUAUGGAUGAGUAAACUCGAUAAACACAUUCGUACUGAUUUUCUUUGCAUUGUUUUGAAUGUCCGAGUUUGGAAUGUUAUGCAACGGCGAGCCCUUAUAUAUAAUCUCCACACUGUCACGCUUGCAGCUUUACGCUUUUCAGAAGUGCCUGCCUUUUAUAUGUUAUUACAACCUUUAAUGUUCCAAUAUAAAGAUUCAACAAAAAAUAUUCUUAUUUUGUAUGUGGACUUUUACCAUUAGCUUAAACAAUAUCAUCUUUAGAUAUACACUUGUAUUUGAACAAGUAUGAAGGCAUUUCAAAUUGGCUGAAAUUUUUUCUUAUUAGCAUGAACUAAUAUAUUAUUUUUAUACACCACAGUUGGAUAACAAUUAGGCAUAAAGUGUUUUAUUAUUUCAGCCGUUGUUAUUUUUUUAUCUAUUUUAUUUUCUUCAUGGAAGAAAAUGCAGUCGAUUUUAGGUAAUUUACAUGAAAUUAAGAUAUUAUCAUACAAUGUAUGUCAUAGGCAGAUAAUGCACAAUCAUAAGCUUAAAAGCAUAUCUUCAAUCAUCUGGACUAAAAUCAUUUUGAUGACAUUUGCUAUCUGAAGAUAAAACAUAUUCCUUGAAUGGUGUUGGUGACACAAUAACUUUGGUAAAUGAUCUACCAAAUGUAUUUUACACCUUCCCUCCUUCUAACCAUUACACCCGGUCUUGUAACAGCAAAACAUCCAUAUACAUAUGUACAAGGUAUUAGACAGAUGAUCGACAUAGAAGUUGAAAUUUGCUAUGAACAUUUCAUAUUUUGGUAAAACAUUUACCUGACUUCUACAUAAAUAUUGAUACAUAUUUAAAAUCCUUCCAUUCCAUAGUCGUAUGAGAUCAUGUACUGAUGUUCCACAUCUUUAUUUGAACACCCGAUUUUUAUUAUUAUUUAAUGUUUACAUUAAUUUAAAAUUGAUAGAUAUGUUCUUUUUACCUUGCAUAGCAAAGUAUCAUUUUAAUAGGUUGUGAGUGUAUUAAACCUUGUCACAAUAAACCGAUUAUACAGUUAUUUCAUAGAACAUACUUAUACUUUGGGCUCCUUUUAGGUACCUGUAUAUUUACUAUAUUAAUGUAAACUAUAAUACAAUCAUUAACACAGUAUCAAUAUAUAUGUUUAAAAAAAUGUCUGUUUAUUAUCAUCUGACCCGGAGGUUUAAGUUGACCUAUAACCAACUUGCUUCGUCCGCCGUCGUCCCCCAUGCACCGUCAGCCAUGCGCCGUGCAUAAACUUUUCACAUUUCAAUCUUCUCAAUUCCACCAAUGGGAUUCAGCUCGCUCUUAUCUGAAAUGAUUCUGGGAUGGUAUUGAUAAAGGUGUUGUUAUUUUUCGGGACAGUCCAAAAUCCGCCAUAGCACCCAUCUUGCAAAAUACAUUUUAAACUUCUCCAGUUCCAGAUGGAAAUUGGUGAGGCUGUUAAGGAAUGGAAGCCAACAAAGUGCUCAACCUUAU